AUGACUUCUCUGAAGGAUACACUUCAGUUGCGGCAGCUGACACUACCAGCCGCUCACAGCCUCUGUUCGUUUAUACACAAACACAAAAUGCUUUCCCUCAGUCUUUUAUUAUUACUAAUACUAGCAACUUACUUUCUCUACUCGGGACUGUUCGCACACGUUAUCAUAUUUACUGGGUAUCCUCCCAUAAAGAAUGUCACGUUUGUUUACAAACUCCAAGAAGGACCACACAAAAACCGCGCGGAACUUUUGAAGGAGGCGAGCAGAAUCGGACCGAACACUUUUUGCAUGGAGGUAUUUUAUGAUUAUCCCAAAAAGGUGCCCGGACAUCAGUGCCGCUAUGCAGUGGGAAGCUUUGUGAGUGAAGGCAAGGACAAGGUUGAUGAGGACCUUUUGAAGCUCUACGAGACGUUUGGCUUUCAUGUCUUCUCCUUUCCUGAAGUCACACACGUGGUCAUUGCCUCCGUCCCUCACAGGAACUUUCUCUCUGUCCUCCUGGGAGUAAAACGAGUUUAUCCUCGACUAGACGGUACUUUUUGUAACACCAUCUGCCUUCUAUUACCUGGCACCCACAGCAAUAAUGUUUAUGGCAUUCAUAUCUUUGACAAAUGUGAAUCUAAGUAAACCUUUUUCUUUUUUUUUUAAAUAUGUAUUUAUUCAUUUGAUAGGGAAAUCAUUAUACAAGUACUGAGAACACAUACACUUUUUUUUUCCCACCCCCCAAAAAAAAUAUAUAUAUAUUUUUUCAAUCAAAAAAAAAGAAAAAUACAAGUAAAAUAAUAACACCCCCCACUGUGACAUUUCCAGUCACAGUGGGUAACAAUUUACUGCCUACCUCUUCACCACAAGCAAAUGAGCAGUGGUUCUUAAACUUGUUGGAGGCACCGAACCCCAUCAGUUUCAUAUGCGCAUUCACCGAACCCUUCAUUAGUUAAAAAUAAAAUGUUUUUUUUUUUCAAAUUCAAGACAAAGUUGUAUGUUUUUGGUAACACUUUAGUAUAGGGGAACAUAUUCUAAGUAACAAAGACUUAAUUUACAGUUAUUUGGACACUAGGGGAACAUAUUCUAAGUAAUAGAAUAUGUUGGUUAUUUGGUUAGGGUCAGGGUUAGAGGGUUAGGCUUAUAAUAAGGCCAUGCCGAAUAAGGCAUUAAUUAGUACUUAAUGACUAGUUAAGAACCAUUAUGUUACUAAUUUGCACGUUAAUAAGCAACUAAUUAAUGGUGAAUAUGUUCCCCAAACUAAAGUGUUACCAUAUUUUUUUUUACUGGUGCACAAAAUCAAUCGUGCAUGAACAUCACCUUGUUCAAACAACAAAACUAAGACAGUACAUAAACUCACAACAAAUUACACACCUGCAAAUCAGUCAGCUGUUUCCGUAUCUUUAAUAUGCCUACAGGGAGAAGUUUGUAUUCACACGAAGAGUCGGGUACGUUUUGAUCUCCGCCGAACCCCUGAGGUCGACUCACCGGACCCUGGUUAAGAACCACUGAAAUAGAGAAUUAACUGAUUAAAAUGGAAAAAAAAGGUAACAACAAACACAAACAUGCAAAGAAGUGUCAUUGAAUAAAAACAACAACAACAAAGUAAACUUGUUUUUAUGCGCAAAACAAUAAAAUAAAUAAACAACUCC